AUUGUUAAUUUCCUUGAGGGAACAGGAAACUAUACAAAGAGGCAGUGGUAGAACAGGUUGGUCAGAGUCACAGUAUAUUAACUCACACUCAUUUCUCUCUGCAGGCACUGAGGCAUUCUUCUAAAAGACAACACACACCAAAGUCUAGAGAGGAAAGAACUUGAGGGUGUAAGCAUGAAGUUGGGACUGUUGGUCGUGCUGGCUGUGGCAGUUCUGGUGCCCAGCCUGUCUGAGAGCCGGACUGUCUCAAAGUGUGAGCUGAGAGAACAACUCGGGAAGGCGCUUACCCUGCCCAGAGGCCUUCAGAAACACAAGGACAGAAUCUUGACAAUAGUUAUCUGUGAACUGAACAGGAAGUCCCAUCUGAACACUGGCCUGGUCAAGGUGAUCGGCAGACGCAAACCUACAACGACAGCCGGGCCAACAACAACAACAACGAUGACAACUACAGAACCAACGACCAUCGAAACAACAAUUGUAGAAUCCACGACCACUGAAACAACAACUGUCAGAACGACAACCGCCGAAACAACAACGGCUGGAACAACAGCUGCCGCAACAACAACGACGACGGCAGACACAAUGACCGCUGAAACAACAACAACGGCUGAAACAACAGCUGCCCCAACAACGACUGCCGAAACAACAACAGCUGCCGCAACAACAACGACAACCGCAGACACAACGACCGCCGAAACAACAACAACGGCUGAAACAACAGCUGCCGCAACAACAGCUGCUGCAACAAUGACGACAACAACUGCAAACACAACCACCACCCAAGAGACUACAACGGCUAGGACAACAACGGCCGGGACAACAACAGCUGCCGCGACGACAACCACCGAGACAAAUACUACUUCAUCUGCUGGUGGUAACAGGCGACGAAAGAGGGAUGCCGUCAACCCUAACUCAAGAGAGUUAGAGCAAGACAGCAAGUUUGAUGAGGAAGAGCUGCAGGAGGAUGACAACAGGAUGGACGAUGAGGAUGAAGAGGACCUGGAGGAGGGCGACGAUACGACAGGAGAUGAGGACGUGGAUGAGGAUGACAGUGACAGUGACAGUGAUAGUGACGAGGACACUGAAGGUGGAAGACAUAAGAAGGACAUAAAGUACAGGCCUUGGUCCCUCGGGUUCUACGGAAUCUUCCAGCUGACAGACAGCCACUUCUGUGAUUCCGGUUAUCGCUGGUCCAGGAACAUAUGCAGUACAGACUGCAGAGCCUUCAUCGAUGAUGACAUAGCAGAUGACAUUGAGUGCUUCGUGAGGACUGAUUACUGGAAGUUCUUAGUGAAGACGUCCUCUCUCCAGUGUCGUAGGACCUGGAACCUCUUCAGCGAAUGUGACUGAGCAGCUGUCAGCACUCAUUUUUUACCAGCAAGAUUUUACACCACCAAUUAUUUUUCUCUGUCUGUAAUGAGCACUUCCUCCAGUGUGACCUGUGCACUUUGAAUCAGUGUGAUUAUCUCCCAAAUGCUGUGAAGCAUUUUAUCUUUUCCUGUAGUUGAUCAGUGAGCUUUCUUUACUUAAUUGAUUUUAAAAUAACCAGAACCUGAACAUAAACUGAUGAUGUCUCUCAGUAAUUUAGUGUUUUGGUGAUGAUAUCUACUACUUUAAUCAGUGAUUAUUUCCUAAUUAUUUUCCUGUUGAGAAAAACAAAACUACUCAUGUAUCUUCUGCUUUCUGUGAUUUUUAAAUAAACAAUAUAAAUAACA